UUUAUGUUAAAUCGUAUCAAACGCAGCAAGCAAACCAAUACUUUUUAUUGCCUACAAUGAUAUACUCAGUACCACGUUAAGCGUUCUAAGCGGAGUUUAAAAUACGCUACACAUCGAGUGCCAACGCUGUGUUUCAAAAAUUUAAAUUAAUUAAUUUUACUUUUUAUACCUUAAAAUAUGUCGAACGAACGAAGGGAAUUAUCGAUUCAAGCGAAAAAAGAACUGUUGAUUUGCUACGACGUAGCCCAACUUUCAAACCUUUCUCAACAUAGAGCUGCCUCAAUAUUGAAUAUUUCGGUGGUGGAAUUAAGAAGAUUGUUGAAAAACCGUAAAGAAAUUGAAGAACACCAAAUCGUAAAAACUGUGAAAAAAAAAUGUUGUCGUCAUUACCUGCGAGAAAAACGAGAAAAUGACAAGCUAUUAAUUGACAUGGAGGAGGGAAUGGUCCGAUGGUUCGAAUACGCGACUUCUUUAAACGUACGGGUGAGUAAAAUGAUUUUACUAGAUAAAGCCAGAAGUUUGGCUACAGUACUUGGAGUUGAACAUUUUGCUCCUGAUAAUAAAUGGUUAGAGCAAUGGAAAAACAAGUACAAUAUUUCUAAUAAAAGAGUUCAACUGGUCACCGACCAAAAUAGGGGUGCCAAUUUUUUAGCGACUAACUGCGGCCUAAUAAAAUCUGUCAAAGACUUUUUCGAAAAUGUUAUGUCCAAUUACGACGCUAAUGACGUAUAUAGUUUAUUCGAGAUCGGCCUCUACUAUCGUGACCUUCCAAAUUCAAAUUGUGAGUUCAAAGGACCUCCGGAUAAUAGGGAAUGUCAAAAAUCUAUACACAGACUUAGCAUUAUAUUUGCGUCCAAUAUAACGGGAACCAAUAAAAUGUGCCCCAGAAUCAUAGAUAAUAUACACAUUCCACGAUAUUUACAAGACGUAAAAACGUUAUCUGUACAUUUUCAAGCGAGUUAUAAUACGUGGAUGACGAGCUGCUAUGGGUCGAUUUUAAGACGAUUGGACGAAGAGUUAUUGGGAAGAAAAAUUUUGGUCAUCAUUGACAACGUGAUGGUAGAUUUACAAAUAGAACUGCAAAACAUCGAAAUAAAAUAUUUGCCGAGUAGCGUGUUAUCCGUACACCCUCUUCGACAGAAUAUUAUGCGCAUCGAAAAAAUAUAUGAGUAUUAUCUAAAACAAAUGAAAUCUACAACCGCGGUUAACGCUGCAGUGAACGCCGAAAAAUUUCCGACUUCUUACAAUACUGCGCAAAUCUCAGUCUCGGAUUCCAUUCAUAUGAUUUUCAAUGUUUGGGAAAACAUGUCACCUGCACUUAUUCGAAAUUGUUUUCGGAAAGUUGGUUUUAUAAAAACCAAAACCGAGGACAUUAAUGAAAAUGUGUAUUUAAAUUUCAAACAUUGGAUUUCAAAUUACCGAAACUAUUUGUGGAUAAUUUUCAAUCAGUUACAGAGUGAAAAAAACCAACUCAUUUCUACUCAGAAUAAUCUACGAAAAUCCGACGUUCAAUUACAUACCGCGAGUAAUAAUUACUACGGAUAUUUAAGGCUAUUACCAAAACCUUCAUUCGUCGACGAGAACGUACCAAACUACUAUCGACAAGAUAAAUAUAAAUAGCGAAACUUUUCAAACACAUGGAUACAAUUUUAAUUAGCAGGAUAGGACAGAUAAGGACAAACACACAAUACGUAAAGCAUACAAUAUACACCAACCCAUAAAAAGUAAUAUAUUCUAAACUAGGUAUAAAAGAAAUACUUUACCUACAAUUUGCUUUAGAACCAUGCUAAUUAUAAUUAUAUAUAUUUUUUACUCUCCUACUGUUAUAUUGUUAUUUUUUUUAACAUUAUGUUCAUACAUUAUUAUACAAAUUAUUUUUUCACAAAACGUAUUUGAUGAAAUCGAAUCGUUGUACAUUCACAUACAUUCAUUACAUACAUUCUCGAAUUAAGUCAA